GGCGGGAUGACGGUUCAACCCAUCAGACCAUCAAAUCCAGACAAGAUGGCGCCCCCGAUGGACGAGGUCCGCGCGACAAAGGCGAAGAACCUUUUGUCGUCCAUCACAGCGCUCUCGUUCUCUGAUCGCGAUGAAGAGCCGCUGUCCGAUGAGCUCUACCAGGCGGAAACAACCCAUCUGCAGCAUGUGCUUGCCCAACACCAAGUGUUCCAGUUCGUUGUGAACGGCAACGCGCUGCAAAAGUUCUACAACACGAUGAUCCAACAAACAAAAGACUCGGCCACGUUGCGUCAAGAAGUUGCGAUGCAAUUUUUGGCCGUCGCCGUCGAAGGAAGUGCCAUGGAAGCUCUCGAAGAGCGCGUCCCGAACCUAUUGGACGUCGUCUACCAUGCACUCAAGCACCAGCACGUAUCCGUGUGUGUUCCUGCGCUGCACAUUCUCACACACCUCAUGUUCAAUCUCGCACAUGCCACCACGGAAACUCGUCGACUUGUCGUGGACCAGCUCGGACGCGCUGUUCCUGUCGUCCUCCAUCACCUUGGCGAAGUUGACCUGAAUGCAUCGACGGCGCCAUUUUUCAUCGCAUCCUAUGAAGCACUAUAUGUUGGAUGCAAGUCGGUCUCGACUACGUUUCGCCCAUUUGCCAGCAAGAUCGAAUCUGCCUGCUUGCCGAUCCUCAGCCCUCCCACCGGCACGUCCACAGAAGUUGCAUCGUCGGUCGUUCUUGCCAUGUCGAAUUGCUUGGGCGCCAUUGCUCUCGCCACCGACUCCACCACGAACACGUGGCAACAGAUGGUGGAGCGGGUCGUGUUGACUCUGCACUAUCAACUGGAUGUCCUGAGCGGCAAAGACAAAGCAAGCGACGGCCGCGCGCGGCCAGCGUCCCUUAAGUUGUGGCUCAAGGACUCCGUCAUGAUGACGCUACCUCUGUUUCUUCAAGCCGACCGCCUCGUGUACAAGGUUCACGCGCUGACAUCGAUGCUGUCGGGACUGCUGUCGUCAACCGCGAUCGCCGAAAAGGAUAUUGUGUUGGUGGCGCCAGACGUGCUCGCUCUUCUUCGAAGAGCAUUCUCAAUUCGCGCCGAUGCCGUCGGCAAGCAGAGUGCCAUUUCCGAGGAUGGUCGCCAGUUGCCCAGCAGUGUUUUGUACGGUAGCUUGCCACUGCUGCAGCCCCACUUUACCCUGCUUCUUUCGUCACUCGUUAACGCCGGCCGCAUGCCCAUCUUUCGCUUUGCAUCUUCCGUGGCCAAGGUUGUCCAGCUCAGCUGCCACGCGACAGUACUGGCGGCCGUCCCAGCGCUCCAUGCUGCCCUUCAACAAGUCAUUUCGACGUUGGGCGGCGGGGCGUACACUAUCGUGGGUGCACCCGUUCUGUCGUGGGCACUUGGUCAACUGGAGCACUUGACGGGCUCCGUGACUGCACCUGUGCAGCCGGCCAAGGUGACCGCCGUGGUCCAUCAAGGCAAUAAGAAGAAGCGCCAGCGAGUGGCUGCGGACGCCCCGGUCGAAGUCAAAAGGUCGACUCCAACGAUCCACCAAAUCCAUCAAACACGGAUGACCACGAACGCUGCGCUCAACACGGUCGCGACCGUUCUCAACGUGUGCGGGUCGUGGGUACCAGCCUCCGACCGGAUCAAAAUUUCGGCCAUCGUGCAUGCUAGCCAGCAAGAUGCGUCGUUGGAUGGAACGGUUGUGACCAAAGUCAGUUUAGCCAACGUGGUUGUACCGGACGCCCAAGGCACUCGUGGCCUCGCUCUGGCUCAGAACAUGCAGUUCUGGGCGAGGCGGACGAGCGGUCCAUGGCGCGAAGCCGCGAUGAACGUAGGCGAAUGCAUAUUGCACCCACGGGCGCCGCCGAUGGCGCUGGCGGCUGCAGGGGCCUCCGAGGUGAAGGCUCCGGCAAGUGGCACGUCCAGUUAUGCACUAGCCCAGCAAGCCAAGCGACUAGAAGCUGAAAUGGACUGGGAAAACGAGGAAUCCAACACCAACGACGAGGAAACAGAAGCAGCGCAACUUGCAAAGAAGGUCAAGGUCCACGAUGCCGUGGCAGUCGCUGAAGUAGGCGACGAAGACGACAUGGACGACGAGAAGCCUGUGCUUGCCGACGAACUAGAAAGUGCCACCGAAGUGGCCGAGGACGACUUGAAUGAAGCAGUUGCCAGCGCCGAGCAUGACGACGUGCUCCACGAGGAGCCUGCGACGGAAGCGGCCGCGGAGAGCGAAGAUAUCGGCGAUGACGAUGAUGGCGAUGACUUUCCAGACAUUGUAGUCGAUGACGAGUAGUUGAAAAGUAGAUGGAGCGGACACGAUGUAACUGAUAAUGUCGUUGUCAUCGAAACGACCGCCA